CCCGGAACCUAAUCUGUGACGGUGAGCUCAGUCAGAUCAGCAGCUCUGCUGUCGGUGACGACACGUCGAGGUCAGUUCAUUCAGAAACUUUGCCCGCAACUUCAAUAAGUCGCGUGUAGUGACGUCAUGCGGUGCUUUGUCGUCAUCGGCACUUAACGACAACUUCCAGUGAAGUUGUUUUUCGUGUACGACGCAGUGAGUGCGUGACGUGUGGUGCAACGCUGAGAGGUGUGACAGACCAUGAGCAAAGAGUCCAGAAUGAAAGCCUCAGUAAACCAGAAGCUGACAGAGAUGGGCGAACGAGAGAGACUGAAGGAGUUACUGAGAGCUAAGCUCACUGAGUGUGGGUGGAAGGACCAGAUGAAGGCUCACUGCAAAGAAGUGAUCAAAGAGAAGGGCUUGGAGCAUGUCACUGUGGAGGACCUGAUGGUAGAGAUAACUCCUAAAGGAAGAGCCUUGGUGCCAGACAGCGUCAAGAAGGAGCUUCUCCAUAGAAUAAGAGCCUUUUUAGCUCAGCACGCCACAUAAUUCAGAUUUUUACCAUUUGACAUUUUAAUCAGACCACUUGCCUUUACUUUGAAUUAAUAGAUUUACUUGAAUUUUCAGCGACAUUACAGUACUGACACACACUUGGCUAUUUUGGAGUGUGUGUUUUUUCUGUGACUACAGUUAUCACAUGUUUGUAACUGCACUUACCUUGCACAUUCAGAUGACCUUUGUAUAUGAGAAAUAAAGUUUUUGAUUUGUUGGA